AUGAAAGUCAAAGAAAAUCCUUUUACGAAAGAUUUUCCUAAAGCAGAAAUAAAACGUAGUAAGAUCAGCUCCAAGGACUACCUUAGCCAAUGGUGGAAAGUAUGGGUUUUUGGUCAAUAUAUACCGAAGAAACAGUUGCAUAGCUUUCGGGAUCCAAAUAAUGAGAAUAUCUGGUCAUUAGAAUUUUCUAAUGAUCUCGGAAAUAUUCUCACAGUAUCUCUCACUUUGUCGACAAGUAUGACAUCUAAACCUGAUGCUAGUGGAACUAGGUACUUUUAUGAGUUAAUUAUUUUUAAUGGAAAGAUGAACGAGUUGUGCAAAAAAGAGAAUUCCUGGAAUUUUGGUAGUGGCACAUCAAAAGUUUGGCACAUAAAUGAGUCUCAGCUCAUACUUGAUAGUCUUCAAAGUGAUGGAAUUUUAUUGAUUCAGUGCAAUAUAUCUACAGAAAAUAUAUUUGUAUCAAGUGACCGUAGAUUUCAAUCAGAAUUAUGUUGGAAUCUUAAAUCGUUUCUCGAAAACCAAACAUUAACUGAUGUUACCUUAAUUACAAACAAAAACAAACUUUAUGCCCACAGGAUUGUAUUAGCAUGCAAAAGUCCAGUAUUUUUAACUAUGUUUGAAAAAGAUAUGCAAGAAAGUAAACUCAGUGUCGUUAAAAUUGAAGAUUUUGACUCUCGUAUUAUUAUAGAAAUGUUGCGUUAUAUGUAUACUGGAGAAGUGGAAAAUAUAAUCGACAUAGCAGACGAUUUAGUCCGAUGUGCCGAUAAAUAUUCAAUAUCCGAGUUAAAAGAAUCAUGUGGAAGAUACCUUGCUAAUACACUGACUCUCGAUAACAAAGAUAUUAUUGAGCAACCAAAAUUCAAAGAGCUGUCAGAAGUGCAGCCUGCUUUAAUAAUUGAUCUCCUUGUUAAGAUUGCAUCGGAGAAGCUUUCAUAA